AUGUUUAGUUUUGUACUUUUCUGUUUACUUAUACAACUCUCCCAAGCAUUGGAGUUUAGAAUCAUCAGUUUCAAUAUUAGAGGUAAUGCUACCAAAGAACAAUUAUAUCCUCAUGAACAAUAUUGGGCCGAUAGGAAAGGAGAUCAAAUCAAAGCUUUGGCUACUUUAACUAAUGAUUUACCUUCAGUUUUAGGAUUACAAGAAGUACACAAGAACCAAUUAGAUGAUUUAGUUAACGGAUUAAGUGCCGAAACCAAAACUCAAUGGAAAAGUUUUGGUGUUGCCAGUUAUGAUGGGAAAGAGAGUGGUGAGAUUGAUGCAGUUUUAUUUAAAGAUAGUGAAUGGGAAUUAAUCAAUGGAACCACCAAAUGGUUGAGUGAAACCCCCGACGUUCCUUCGAAAUCAUGGGGUACUUUAUAUGGAAGGACUGUUUCUAUUGUUGAAUUGAAGAAUAGAAAUUCAGGUAAUCAUAUCAAUUUCUUCACCACUCAUUUUGAUGAUAGAAGUGAAGAAGCCAGACAACAUUCAAGUGAAUUGAUUAAUACUUGGGCCAACAACAUGAACAAUGAAUAUCCAACUUUUGUUGCUGGAGAUUUGAAUUCCCAAUCUGCUGAUAAAGGUUACCAAACUUUAAGUCAAAGUAUGUACGAUAUUCGUCAAACUGCCAGAGAAAAGAUUUCAGGGUUAAUGACUUACAGUGGAUUUGAACCUAAUGAUGUUCAAACAGUCAUUGACUUUGUUUGGAGUUUGAAAACCAACAAUGUUGACCUUAAAUCUUACGAUAUUGCUGAUAAUUGGGGAUCUCAAGGUGAUAGGUAUAGUGAUCAUAGAGCCGUACUCACUAAAAUUAUUAUUUAA